GGGCAUGGAGGGGCGGGGUUCCGGCGUGUGGGGGCCGUGUGAAGAUGGCGGACGGCGUGGACCAUAUAGACAUCUACGCCGACGUCGGGGAGGAGUUUAACCAGGUGCGGCUGCCCGCGCGCUCCUCGCGCUCCUCUCCCCAGGAGCAGGAGUACAGUGGCCACGACAACGUUGACCUUUACGACGACGUGAUCGUCCCGACUGCGAGCAACGGCGAGGAGGCAGACGAGCGUGACUUCCAGGACUCUCUGGCCCCGCUCGACGAGCCGGGGAAACACACAACCUCUACCGGGGGCCCCAGCCUAAACUAUAGCUAUAACGGCAAGCGUGUGGCUCUGUAUGUAGGCAAUCUCACCUGGUGGACAACCGACGAGGACCUUGUGAAUGCCCUGCAAGGGAUUGGCGUCACCGACAUUCAAGAGAUCAAGUUCUAUGAGAACAGAGCCAACGGACAGUCUAAAGGGUUUGCGUUGGUGAGCGUGAGCCUGGAGGCCUCAUACCGCAAGGUGAUGGACCUUCUGCCCAAGCGCGAGCUCCACGGACAGAACCCCAUCAUCACCCCGUGCAACCGCCAGUCUCUCAACCAACUCGAGAUGCAGUCUCGUGGGCCAAGUGGGCAGAUGUCCGGGGAGGGCCGUGCUGGUCCCCCAGGCAGCGGCCCUCGCGGGUCGCCCUUCCCUCCCCCGCCUGUUGGGCCUGGCGGUGGUGUGAGGGGCCGCUUUCCUUCGCCGGGCCCAGGUCCCGUUGGGCCCAACAUGGACAGGCCAUUCCCUGGUCACCCUGGGCCUCCUCCUGGAGGACCCCCGCCAUUUCAAGUGCAGGGCCCCCCCCGCGGGAUGCCCCCUGGUCCUCCUGGACCCAUCGGUCCCCCCAUGCCCGUGCAUGGCCCGCCUCCCAUGGGCCUCGUGGGCCCCCCACCUCGGGCCGACCGCCCCCCACCGCCCGUAGUCUUCCCCGGGCAGCCUUUCCCCCACCCAAAUCACCCCCACCCUCACCAACACCCCCACCCCCUUCAGCACCCCCACCAUCACCAGCACCCCCACCCUCACCCACAGCAGUUCCACGGGGAGCCCCCCCGCGGGCUGCCGCUCCCACUUCACCCCCAUGGUGUACCCCCCAUGGGCCCAGGGGGCUUUGGGCCAAUGCCACCUGGCCCCCCUCAACAGGGGCCCCCACCGCCACCCCCGCCCCACCCACACGGACACCCUCACCAGCCUCCCCCAGGUCUCAUGCCCCCCAGACCGGGACCUCCGUUGCCCCCGCCUCCCUCCUCAUCGGCUCCUCCGGGGCACCCGCCGGGGCCGCCCCCCCACAUGGGGCUGCUGCCCCCGCCGGGGCUGCCCCCUCCCGCGCCGCACGUCAACCCUGCCUUCUUCCCGCCCGGCAACCACGGCGGCGGUGGCGGCGGCGGUGGCGGCGGCGGCGGUGGCGGCGGCGGUGGCGGCGGCGGUGGCGGUGGAGGUGCUGGGAACAACGUUGGGCCUCCCGGGGGUGAUCCGAGGGGCCCCCCGCCCCCCGAGGGGUACGGGCAGCCCCCACAAUUUGAGCGAGGAGAUUUUCGCAAGCAAGAGUUUGGACGCACGCCCUCGCCAUCUUUGGGGUACCGCUUUCACACGGAAAUGGAGCCAGCGAACAACAGCCUGAGCGAGGUCGAGUUUGAGGAGAUCAUGAAUCGCAACCGAGCCAUCUCGAGCAGCGCGAUCUCCCGUGCCGUGUCCGAUGCCAGCGCAGGCGAGUACGGUAGUGCCAUCGAGACCCUCGUCACGGCCAUCUCACUCAUCAAGCAGUCGAAGGUGUCGAGCGACGAGCGCUGCAAGGUGCUCGUAAGCUCGCUGCAGGACUGCCUGCACGGCAUCGAGUCCAAGUCGUAUGGCUCCGGAGGGAGGAAACGCGAGAGGUCGCGUGAGCGCGAUCACAGCCGUUCGCGAGAGAAGAGCCGGCGGCACAAAGAGCGAUCGCGUAGCCGCGACCGGCACGAGGAGUACUACCGGGAGCGGAGCCGCGAACGAGAUCGCCACCGUGACCGCGACAGGGACCGUGAACGCGAGCGCGAGUACCGGCACCGCUGAUGUGCUGCAUCGCCCCUCAUUUCCCGGCCGUUCAGCACCAGCGAUGGCGGCAGCAGUGGCGCCAAACAGCACCGAGCGUCAGCAAUUGGCGCUCUUCCUCUUCGUGCGCUCUUGCUCACGAGAUCUGUUGUUGUAAUAGUUAUUCUUCUCAUGUUCUUUUGUGAGUAUUUUCUUUCCUCCUCCCCGCUGUUGCGUAUUGAGUAGAACUGCCCCUAGCACGGCUUAGAAGCAUCUCGGCGUUGUCUCGUCGAAGCUGGGGCAGUGGACGGGUGGAGAGAGCACGUGAGCGAAACCGUGCAGUGGGUGUCGCGGUGAGAUGCUUGCGACGGCGAGGAGAGGUUAACGAGCGGUUGUCGGUCGCCGCAUGCAAUCUCUUCUCGGUGCGGAGGAACACCAACAGGGAUUCCCUCGCCGCCCCCGACACAACGCGCUGCACUGCAACGUCACGACGCGCGUGUGGAUGUCCCCCCGCACGCAAUUAUCGGCUUCUCGUAUGAAAAAAAUUUAUGCAUCGUUCGCUGAUUGUUGUGUUAAUAAUACGUUAACUCUCUUUCAGGAAUGUUUUUUGUCCUUUGGCUAGUCGUUGUACCCCGCUUCCAUCCCCCCCUCGACCCUCUUUUCCCAGUAACGGCGAAGCUUCGAUUCCCACUUGUUAAAUCCCGAUUUCUAUUUCCUUCCCAUCAUAAUCAAGGGCAGUUACGUAGUCUUUUGUUGAGUAGAUACUGUUUUAAUAAUUGUAUGGACUGACUUAGAAUUAAAAAAGACUUGUUAAGUGUUUAAGUGUUGUCUCUUUAAUGUGUGAUAGAGGUUACUGAUGAAAUGUUGGAACGAUAUUGCCUGUGAUUUAUGUUUUUAGACAGGUGCUGUGCAUGGUAACCAACGGUGCACUUUAAUAAUGCCUUAACAUACUUUAAUGUUCGUUUUACAAGCUAGCGAAGCAAUAUUUUCAUUAUGUGAUGCCUAUUUUGUAAGGUAAAUACAGCAAUUGCAUUAUUAAGCGUGACCAAAAGCUUGCACAACACCUGUUUAAAAAGCUCUAAUGCUUAAUUUGGUGGUUGAUGUAACUAGAAUUUUUUUUUUGUAUCAUUUGAUAAGGUUACUUAUUUUCUACCUCGUAAGCGUUGAGGUUGGCCUGCCCUCACUUGACCAACUCGUUGUUUACACAGCCAUUCGCUAUGUUGCAGUGGUGACCAGGUGUCAGAUUUUUUCGGAUAUCUGUACUAUCCUCCCAACAUAUGAACAAGGCCCACUAUUAAAGAGGUUCAAAGGAAACCGCUCCUUUGUAACCGAGGUCACGGUUCUUAGUUUCUACGGGGUUUGUGAUGAAUCUCAAUGAGUUAUCACCUGGUUACAUCAGGCACAUUGUAAAUGCAAUGGGCUAAUGUGCAUUGGUUCACACGGGACUUGAACAACCGGAUGAUUUGACGUGAAUGUUGCACGAGACCGUUAUUUACAGUUUUCCUUCAACGGCCGAAUCACUGAGCAGUUAAAAGCGAUGGUCCACUUCCAUGCAUCGAAAAUACAUGGCAGCCCAUUACACUUGCUACCGAGUUGAUGGUUUGAUUCCUGCUGCAGCCUCUGUUAUUGUUUUUAAGUGUACACACUGCUACAAAGUAGAUGUUAAAGACCCUGUUACAUUAAGAGUAAAGCAUCGUUUGCCUGUUUCAUAGCCCAAAUACUAGUGUUUCAAAAUUGGUAGGAACUUAAUUUAAAUUUUUUUAAGUAAUUGUAUAACCGAUAACUACCUUAAUUAAAAUCCGAGGAUUUCCUUCCAUAAGGGAUAACGAAACUCGAUGGGCUAACAGUUUCAUAUUCUUCUGCCGAAGAUGGCGUUUAUCUUCAUUCUUCGAAAAAAUGUGUAUUUUUGUUUUGGUGUGGGGUUUGAGCCUAGUUAGUUUUUAGAUGGGCAACCACGGGGGCUUGCCCAGUGCUGCAGGACACGUGGUUGCGUGGUCACUGUGAGAUGGCAGUGUCGAUUGGCACCCCCCUCAUAUGACUUGAGUUUUUUCUGGCUUCUGUUUGUGUAUAAUUGGCAUAUUACAGUUGCAAACAGGCACCAUCAGUCUAGAAGAAGUCUGUCACUGUUAAGGACUGUUAAGUAAUAACUUUUUAAAAGUUUUGUGUGUUGAGGACGAAAGGUUUUUCCCCCUUUUUGUGGUUCCUUUGAAAGGGGUUUCGACUCUUAAAAAGGGGCAUGCGUGCAUCGAGCGCACGAGAUGGCGCAAGCACAACAAGCACGUUUAUCGUUUUGUGCGUCCAUACGGGCGAUGUGUUUCUGAGCUUCACACGUACUGAAUACCUCUGCACUGGCAGUUUUGUCAUGUGGAUGCCGGAGAGACCCUUUGCUGCCCCCGGUUUCACCAGUUGCCGACGUGCCGAAGCUUAAAUGUGAACAUCCCGUGUGACUAACUAAAACAUAAGUGACCUCAUCUAACUACAUUAAAAAACUCAUUAGGCUCUCAACAUGGUCAUGUUUUGCAGGUCAUUAUGGUUGAUUGCCUUUCCGGGCUUGAGUUUACCAGCAGCAAUUGUUCAAGUAGGUAAAAACUGCACAGGUUUCAACAUUUUGGGUCUCGUCAGCAGACCAAGGCUUGUUAAAUAUACUGCUGGGUUGCAAUACAUUGGCAAGAGCACUCCCUCUUACAAAUGGGGCCCUGUAUUGUAUGAUAAAUACUGUAUAAACACUGCGUUCUUAUGGAGGAUUGAGUGCGCAUGAAAGGUUUAUUUUCUCUCGCUUUUAAAGGAAGGCAUAACCCAAAAAACUGUUCUUGUUGGACCGACGUGUACUUAUUCUGUGUCACUGGCCAUUAGACGUGACUUUGAAGCUUUGUCAAUGACAAAGAAGACUCCCAAGUGGCAAUACGGAGCUGGUCGAUCACGUGCAGGAGUGGGGGAACUGUUACGACUGCCACUGCAGUGUCCCGUUCUUACGCCAGUGGUAGUCCUCAAACGUGUGCUGUCAUUGUCUUAAGUCGCGGUGAAGUCUUUGUUCUCAUUCUCUAAAUGUCACGCGUCGGAACGCCCAGGAGGAACAGGCUCGAUGUGCGUCUGCAAGAUAAGAGCCGAUUGCUCUUGGUUUGUCUUUAAUUGCGAGAUUUUUUAAAAGUAAUGUUUAACAAAGUUUUUGGACAUUGGAACAUUUACCCCCCGUUCCAGUUGGCUUUAUUGAAAAGAGGGUAAAUUUAUCUACUUUUCAAGCAACUGAUUAAACCUGUUUUCAAGUUUUUCAAACUAUGGUUACUCCCAUUAUUAUUAUUUUUAUAAGUGAGGCUUGAAUUUCGCCAUUUUCGGUGGGCCGUAUUGAGUCGAAUAUUACAGGUGCCGUUUUAAUCUGAUUGGUUUUCAUAAAACGAUGUGUAUAAAGUUGCAGCAUGCAGUUAUUUCGCUCGGUUGAUGGCAACAUGAUUCGGCCGUUUGGUUUGUUGAGGGUUUAAAUCCCGCUGGUUUAUUAGUGACAUCUUCUCAUCCCUCCACUGUUGAUAAACUAGGUACAUCUUUGUGGGAUGUUAGCAGAAGUGGCCGGCCUAUAGAAAGAACCGGCUCCCACCGUGGUUAUAUGGAAAUGCAUUGCUCAUUUGGACAGGGAGACCGUUCAAGUUUGAUUGAUGUAAGGAUGGAAAGAAAAUAACUGCAUGACGUUUGUUGCAAAGCAUUCUCACGUUCUGGUAGUUAAAAUAACAAUUCACAUUGCAUUAUUUAGUCUCACUUAUAUAAGUGUCUGUUACAGACUGUACUGUACAUAUUGCAUGUUUAUGUGUUAAAGUGUAUAUAUGUAUAUACACUAUAGGUGCUGGCAAAGAAUUUGCCCCAGAAGUCUUAAGGCUAUACAGGGGUAUGUGUAUAGACCGUACACACACGUGUGUACACUGGGUUUCCAAUUAGAGGCAAUAAACUUUUCUCAAAUUGGUAAUUCCUGCAAAUGCACUGCGUGCUAAAUGCAUGUAUUAGGGUAUAAAUAAUUGUCAAUGUUAGUUUGAAAUUCUUACACGAGUUACUGUACAUUUUUUGUAUUCGUUUUAUCGCUAACGUAAGAAACACUUUGACCAAAACAACUGAGGAAAUUCAGUUUAACACGUGAUUCGUUGUAAAUCUUGCUCCCGCAGUAGCAGUUCACGUCGGCCUGUUCUAACGUCGCCACCAACAAAUGUGCUUUUAAAAUGUUUUGACCAUUUAACACCACGAGUGUUAGCAUUGCACAGGAUGUGUAUUGGUUGCGUGCGUAGGUGAUGGGCGUGGAAUUUAACCGGUCAAUUGCUAUUUGGACGUUAAGUUUUCCUAUCCACUCCUCCAACUCGGCAUGUAUCAAAAUCUGCCACCAGUCCACCCAUCGGACAAUUCGGUGAAAUUAUUUGUUAUUAAACUCCAAUAAUAGACAAUUUUAGUAUGUGUGUGUAAGGAUGCGAGUGUCCAACUGUCUGUAAUUUGCAUUGAUAUGCAUGUGAUUGAGGUGAGCGUUUGUGACCGUGUUUGUGAGUUCGUGUGUGCGCGCGUACAUAUCUGUGGGUGUGUUUGUUUAGAACUAAUUUUAAUAAAGGAUGCCAUCGUAAUGUUGGAUUCCAACUUUGGACAGAUCCGGUGGAAAUUAUUGCUAAUGUUUUGGUCUGUUGGGGUCAAUGCAUGUCAGUUCUAAAUUCGCCAAAUCAAUAUAUUCCACGCCCAUCGCUAAUAAACGUGUGUGCACCAAGUGGAAUGUUUGUGCUGCACAAGUGCAUUCUGCCUGAUUGUGCAAGUGAUGACCUCUGACCUGAACGUGUAGCCAUGCAAGUGAAACUGUACAGAUGUGUUUUUAUAAACUCUGAUCGCACCCCUUUGUUUUAAAUGUGCCAGGCAGGAAUUGUGGGGUUUUCCCCCAUCUCCUUGUCCUCUGAAACUGUCAGAGCUUAUAAGGUAUUGUUUAAUGUUGUGGUGUAAAAUACACUUUGUCAAGUAAUGCAAAUAAUUGAAGUAAUAUUAAUAUCAGAGAUCAUUUGAGCCAUUUCAGUGUACUUUGCGCUCACAACUGACAUUUAGUGCUUUGCACAGCUUCCAAUGUUACAGCCAAUGGCGCAUUAAGAGGCGGAUCUUAUGCCGACAUAAAAUUCAGUGUCUGACAAUUCUACAAAGUGGAUUUGCCGACCGUUCAAGAGGCCUGAAUUCUGAAAACGUUCAUGGAGAUUUUAAUGUUCAGCUGUGCCGACGUCUCAGUACUCCCAAAAUACCUUUGAUAGUCGUGAAUGGCAAG